AUGCUCUUGCCCAUCACGACGCUGAGCUCCAGCCCCCAGGGUGGGACGGCUUACCAGGCUGCGGAUUCCAGUCAGAGCUUUCCAACUCAGAUGCACCUGCCAGUUACAAGAGUGAUAGAGGGCCGAGGGGUCACAGACAACGUGCCGCGGUUCUCCUCGCUGCCGCCCUUCCUGCCUGUGAGCUACCACAUCCUCGGAGCAGAGACCUCCUUCUUCCUGAAGGAGACCAACCAGGACGUCAUGCGCAACUCCAGCCUGCACACCAGGGUGGAGUCCUUCUUCACAUACAAGGCCAAGAGGCCCCCGGUACUCAACGCUAGCUACGGGCCCUUCUCCGUGCAGAAGGUCGUGCCUCUGGAACUGAUGGUCACUUCGAACUUUCUAGGUCCAACCAGUAAAUUCGGUCUCAACUGGAAACUGAAGGCGCACAUCCUGCGGGACAAGGUGUACCUGAGCCGGCCCAAGGUGCAGGUGCUCUUCCACGUGCUGGGCCGGGACUGGGCGGCGCAGAGCCCCGGCGAGAGGCUGCCCUGCCUGCGCGUGUUCGCCUUCCGCGAGACCCGGGAGGUGCGGGCCGGCUGCCGGCUGCAGGGGGCCCUGGGGCUGUGCGUGGCCGAGCUGGACCUGCUGGCCGCCUGGUUCGGGCCCCCCAGCGUGGUGGCCGGGAGGAAGAAGGCGCCCGGGCCGCCCGAGGGGAGCCCCGUGGAGCUCUACUACUCCGUGCAGCCGGGGGACGCGCGCGGGGACUGUGCGGCUGGCGACGUCCGGAAGGGCAACGCCAUCCGGCCGGGGAAGGACGGGCUGGACGAGGCCGUGCCCCACCUGCAGAGGAUCGGUGCUGUCAGCCUCUAUCGGGUCCAGGACACUGCCCAGCUCAGCGAGCUGCGUUUGGACAGCAACGUGGUCAUCUGGCUGCCCUCCCGGCCAGUCAAACAAGGAGACGUGGUCACCGCCUAUGUCACCAUGGCCAGCAAUUCCACCGUGGACCUCUUCAUCCUGAGAAGCAGCAGCUUGUUCAGCGAGGUCAUGCAGAUGAACUUCGAAAUAGCCAGCUUCAGCAGCCUCUCGGGGACGCAGCCCAUCGCCUGGCAGGUGGAAUAUCCACGGAGAGCGACCACAGACAGCGCUGUGUCCGAGAUCUUCAUCAGCCAGAAGGACCUGGCUGGCAUCGUUCCCCUGGCCACGCCGUCCUUCCCACCUGUGCAGCAGGGCACAGACCCCGAGGGAUCAGCAUACCCGCACCCAGGAAGCUCUCCGCACUGCGGCUCCCGGGAGCGGGCAGACACUGAGUCCAGCUCCCUGGGCCCGCCUGGGGGUUGA